AUGGCCAAAAAACAAUCAUCUAAACCUACCAAAGCUCCAGCUAAAGAGACAAAACCAGUGGAGGAACUUUCACAGUUACCAUCAUCAUCAGAAUCAGAAUCAGAAAAUGAAGUAUUAGAUGAAGAAGUAUAUGAUUUAUCAUCAGAUGAAGAUGAAGAAGAAGAACCACAACAUAUGGAAUCAAGUGAUGAAGAAGAAAUAGAAAUUCCACAAAACACAACAUCAUCAGGUCAUAAAGUCAAUAAAGUAAUAAAACCAAAAGAUACAGAUUCAUCCAAGACAAAAAAAUCAUCAUCAUCAUCAACUAGUGGAGUAAUAUAUAUAGGUAGAUUACCAUCAGGAUUUCAAGAAUCAGAAUUAAAAACAUAUUUCAAACAAUUUGGAGAUAUUAAGAAUUUAAAAUUAUCAAGAAAUAAAAAAACAGGAAAAUCAAAACAUUAUGCAUAUAUAGAAUUUGAAUCAUCAGAAGUUGCCAAAAUAGCAGCAGAUACAAUGAAUAAUUACCUUUUAAAUAAUCAUUUAAUACGUUGUGAAUAUGUUGCUAACCCACAUAAAGAUGUUUUCAAAGGUUCGAAUAAAAAAUUUAAAAUUAUACCUAUUCAUAAAAUUGCAAAAGCUAAACAUGAUAAUAAAAAGACAAAAGAAGAAUGGGAAAGAAUUACUAUUAAAUUUGAGGAAUCCAAACAAAAGAAAGUUGAUGAAUUAAAAGCUAAAGGUAUAGAGUUUAAUUUAGCUGAAAUAUUGUCAUAG